CGACUGGCUCACGCAUAUCUCCCGCCGCGGCAUCGAUUCCAACUCAUUUCGGAGAGAAGUGGCCUCGACGUUUGCGACGCUUGCUUGCGGACACCCCCACUCCUCGAUCACUACCCACAUACAUCAGAGACAAGAUGAUGGACUCGGACGAAGAUGAUAUAUACCCUGAACAUAAUGACACGGACGAACAGCAGCAGCAGCAGCACCAAGCGGAGGUGAAAAUGGAAGACGUCGAGGACGGAGAAGAAGAAGGCGAGGAAGUCGAAGACAGCGACGACGAUGUCGAUUUCAUCAUAGACGCAAAAGAAGACGUCAAACCUGAUCCUUCAUCGUCGGUCCUACCUCCCUACCUCUCCCGGGGCUUUCUAAUUCAUGUACUCCGUACAUGCGACGCCCAACCCAAGGCACACCCCCGCUAACAUUUUGGUUCGGUAGACAACCCAAACGAGGAGUACCAGGCCUCACCACACCCGUUCCCACCACCGUAGACCCGCGAAAAGCCUCGUCGACGACGCCUCAACCGAUUGUCAACAAACCAGGCACCCCUGCCGACCACUCUCAACAACGGCCCGACUCCCAACCACCACCCAACAACAACGGCCGACCCGGCACCGACUAUCCCGCGCGUCACACCUCCAGACUCGACCCCAACGGCAACCCGGUGCACCCUACCACGAACAAGCCCAUCCUCUCGACCGACUUUGACGUGGAUUUUCCUUCGGAAUCCUCCAAACCCUGGCGCAAGCCCGGCUCCGACAUCACGGAUUAUUUCAACUACGGCUUCGACGAGUUCACGUGGGCCUCGUACUGCCUGAAACAACAGACCAUGCCCAAGGAGAUCAAGGAGAUCAAUCAACAGGCCGAACAGAUGAAGGCGUUCGUAGAGGGGAUCCCUGGAGGCGGGGGCGGUGCUGGUGGUGGUAUGCCCGGCAUGCCUCCCAUGCCCGGUGGUCCUCCCGGUAACGCAGGAGGAGGAGGAGGAGGCGCUGGUAUGUCAGACAUGUCUGCCAUGGCCAUGCCAAGCGAAGCUCAGAUGCAACAAAUGUUCGCGACCAUGACUUCGCAGGGUCUCGACCCGACGACGAUGGACCCCAACCAGUUCAUGCAGUUCAUGGCCGGUGGUGGAGGUGCCAUGAUGGGAGGUCAAGGCGGCGGACCACCCACAGGGCCGGGAGGCUUUGGAGGAGGUGGCGGCGGUGGUGGUGGUGGAGGCUUCGAUCAAGGUAUCGGUGUCGGUGGUGGCGGAGGCGGCGGCUUUGGACGUGGACGGGGUAAAGGUGGAAGGAGGAAUUGGUAGAGACAGUUUCGUCAUCCGGACUCACCUGAACAUUACUAGCACCGGGGGCGGCGACGACACAGGGAAUUCUGGUUAACCCUCUCAGGGAAACAGGGGGCGUUUAUGCUACGAAAAUGGUUAUGAUGAUUUGCAAUAAAAAGAAGGGAUACCAGAAAGAUACACCAAGGUCGAAAUCGUAGUUUUCGAGGCAUAAAUCUUUGAAAAAACAAAAAUGGUCAAAGAUUACGGAAAAAAGGUACAUCAAAACAUAACUCCCAGCAAGCCGACUUUUUUAUUAGUCGCGAGACGACAACAAUACCAAAUGAGGAGAACUAUCACCUCCAUUAUGUAUGUGUCCUUGACAGAAUUACAAUACGCCGAGAUACCCAAGUGAACCUGAUCUUGUGGGAUUUGAGCUUAUUCCGGCCUAAUCAAGGCGUUUCCUUAGCAGUCAUACCCAGUCGUCGUCCGAGAUUGUUAUCAGCAACCGUUCUCAAAGCCGCUUUGACUCCGAGCUCAUGCAGUGCGGCCUUGGAGCUGUGAUAGCUCGAUCGCACUCUGUCAAUCAGCCCACGUUGUUGUUUGUGACCAACCUCACCUCCCUCGUCAAUAACAACAUCAACGACCUCGUAAGAUGCUUGAGCCCGCUUCUCGACGUCCGACUCAAGAACUCGUUUCCUGUCGCGUUGGCUCCGCUGUUGCAUCCUCUUGGUUUCCAUCGGGUAAUUGGCAGGGAUCCAUGGCGACUGAGCAGCAACGUUGGAAGUUUCCACGGGCCGAGAAAAUCUUCUCCGGAUAGUCGACCAGAACCGAACGAGUGGCCGGGAGAAAGCGAUCAAGAUUGCAAUCAUUGUGAUACCACCCGUAAUACCGACUGUGUGGCAGACGUGGUCAGUAUCGAUGGAAAGUUUUGUCAUGAGAGGAUCAGGGGAAGCAAUCCCUUACAUAGCUUCGGAUAUACCCAGCCAGGGGUAAAUUGCACUGAGCCCGACGAUCGUGGAAAGUCGGUAAUGUUCAGGGCAAAGAGAGAGGCGAGAAAUGAUAGAGGAAGCUAUGGCACUCAUAUGUCAGGACAUUUUUGGGACCGACCACAAUGAACGCUGGUGCUCUUGCGCCUUACGAAGAUGAUUGUGAUGACUGUGAAGACCAUGAGAGUCCUCCCUUGUUCGAUAGUCUCUAGUGCCUGCUUCCGCGACGACACAGCCUCAUUGAUACUCGCUUCAUUCUGUUCGAGGCCCAUGACAUCGAGGAUCUAGGCAAGAGUUUACGGUUAGAACAAACAGAACAGCCAGAAUCUGAAAAGG